AGAACGAAUCGAUCCUCGUGGCAUCUGAGACGAAAACAUUCCGCAGCGGUGAAGAACGAAUCACGGGCUGCGGAGGAGGACGAUAACUCACAAAGCUUGGACCCGGCAUUGCCAACUCCAUCUUCGAUUCUGACGGACGAUCAUGGAGAAGGCGGAAAUUUUCUCUUCUCCACGACGGCGCACACGUUUCGCAUGUCUUGGCACAGCUGGCCGCGACGGCAGAUGGCAGAUGGUAGAUGGAUCGUGGCCCUCUGUCUCCCGACUGCCGUCUGGAGUUGCGUCGAGACAAUGCGACGAUGUGGACUGGGAAAUGGCACGGCGGCAGAGGCACUUGCAUUGUACACUAGUUCGGGCCCCUGGGGGCCAAGUUUCUGUUCCAACAAGUCUGGAAACGCAUGGCGCGACAGCGUCGCACACCAUGGACCAUUUCAGGGCCACCGCGUCGAUCCCAUUCUCCCCCCGAAGAGACGCCACAUUGAUCCGACCCCCUGA